GCUUUGUACAUCGGGUUAUCUUCCGGUUUCAUCGAUUCAACUUCCUCUGAAAACAACGCCACAUGUGUGAGCGAGGAAUGAAUGGAUGUCACUGCUGAACAUAGAGCCGCAUUAAGAGCAGAAUUGGUCCUCUUAAGUCUAUUUUUUGCUUGUUUUGUCCAGCAGUCAAAGAACACUACUUUUGAAGGAGAGUGGCCGUGCUCACGAUGAGUUUUGUGGAGUACUCGGACUUCAUUCAAGAUGGGGAUGUUGCCAUCAUUUACCUGAGCCACAACAAUGUGAUGCCUGUCAAGGUGGAGCAGGGUGCCCAAACGCAGACACGCUAUGGAGUCAUUCGCCACUCCACAGACCUGAUUGGUCAGCGUUACGGGUCAAAGGUGACCUGCAGCAAAGGAUGGUUCCAUGUGCUCCACCCAACGCCGGAGCUGUGGACAGUUGCCCUGCCGCACCGCACACAGAUCCUCUACACCACAGACAUCGCCUUCAUUACCAUGAUGCUGGAGCUGAAGCCAGGCUCCAUCGUGUGCGAGUCAGGUACAGGUAGUGGUUCUCUCUCCCACGCCAUCCUGCGCACCAUUGCUCCAACAGGUCACCUCCACACAGUGGAGUUCCACCAGCAGCGCGCAGAGAAGGUGGCCGAGGAGUUUAAGGAGCAUCGCGUGGAUCAUUUGGUCACCGUCAGGAACCAGGAUGUGUGCAAGGAUGGCUUUGGAGUGACAGGGGUGGCAGAUGCAGUCUUCCUUGACAUCCCCAGCCCCUGGGAUGCAGUGGGACACGCCAAAGUUGCUAUGAAGAAGCACGGUGGUCGGCUGUGCUCCUUCUCUCCAUGCAUAGAGCAAGUUCAGAAAACAUGCGAGGCGUUGCAGGAUCGGGGCUUCGAAGACAUCAGCACCACGGAGGUGCUGCUGAGAGAGUACGAUGUCCGAACUGUCUCUCUACCGCUGCCAGAUUUCGGCCCCGAUCCCGAAACCACAGAGGAGGCGACUCCCGCUGCUCCUCCGAACCACGCCUCCAUCUCACUGAAGACCACCACGCUGCCCAGAGAAAUGCCCGGCCACACGGGGUACCUUACUUUUGCUACCAAACCAAGAACCUAAAGCUUGGAGUGAGAGGGAUUUCUCUGGAACAGAGUUUAUAAUCCACCUCACUCUGGUGUCAUUCCUAAGGCUCGGGUAAUCCAGCAGGAGUACCAGGCUCCUCCCAUCCCUGCCUGGUACUGCAGCGCCGGGAGGAUUUACAGUUUUGUGCGUUACAUAAUUUUGUGCUUCGUCAGUUGGCACCGGUUCGAUGCUUCAUCAAGCAGCACUGAAAAUGAAUUGAAGAGCAAUUUCAUUUGAGAAGAUUAAGAUUUAUAACUCUGAGAUUAUAGCUGAUUAUUUGGCUCUCCCUUUCAUAAGCGUUACAGAUAACCUCUGCUUUUAUUUGUUGGGGAAGAAGGAGCUUUAUUA